AUGCUAAGAAAGGCAGCCACCAACAGGGCAUGGAAACGGCUGGUCCGGUUCGUGCCUCGAUCAGAUCCCUCAAAGGUCCUGAUUGGACAACCCCAAAACGACGAUGUCGACGUCGGUAUUGCCCUGCGGAAGGGCCAGGAUGUCCCUGUCGAUGUCUUUUCCGGCUCGUCGGUCCUCUCGCCAGGUCGGGAGACCGGGACCAGCGCCGUCAUCGAUCGCGUCCUGUCGCCUCUGGCCAUGUCCGAGGUCGGCACGAUUCGAUGUAUCGGGUUGAACUACAAGCAGCACGCGGCUGAAGUCAAUAUGGCCCUGCCGACCGUCCCUACCGUGUUUAUGAAACCAAAAACCUCCCUAGGCGACCCGUGGCCCGCGCCGACCAUCCUGCCCAAACUGACCCAACACGACGACAGCGGCGACUAUGAAGCCGAACUGGCCGUGGUGAUUGGGACAACCGCCAAAAACGUCUCCGAGGCAGACGCCAUGGCCCACGUGCUGGGAUACACGGCGUGCAACGACGUAUCGAGCCGGGCGGCCCAGUUCGCCCAGACGCAGUGGUGUUUCUCCAAGGGGUUUGACGGCGCGUGCCCCAUCGGGCCGACACUCGUCUCUGCAUCUACCCUACUCACGGACCCGUCGAAACUCCGUCUCCGCGGCGUCAAGAACGGCCAUGUCCUCCAGGACUGCGGGACCGACGACCUCAUCUUCCCCGUCGCCCGGCUGGUCAGUUUUCUCUCCCAAAGCACGACGCUGCUGCCCGGAACACUGAUCCUCACGGGCACGCCCGGAGGUGUGGGAGUCGUCCGCAACCCGAAGGUCACGAUACGUCACGGCGACGAGUUUCACGUCGAGAUCUCGCCGUAUGUCGGCACGUUGGUGAGUGUUUUUGAGAAUGAAUGA